CUUAAGCCAAUGCUGUCCAAAAUUGUCUCCCGGGUGAUAAACGCCGUUCCCACCAUCGUAUCGUUUUAACGAAUACGUUGCACGUUUCAUCUGACGCUAUGGCUGACUGCUUAAGACUUGCUACUAAGAUGCUUUCAUUUACCUAAAUUUAUGGAGAAACAAACGAUACAUAUGGUAAAGAUUCUGAUUCUCGCUACUAUUUUCGAAUAAUCGGAAUUUGAAUAAGAGAAUUCAAACGAAAGGAGUUCACUUCAUCGGUCAAUAUCGUUUCAACUACAAUUCGUCCGAAUAGACAUAGUAUAAAUGAAAUCCUAUAAUAAUUUUUGUUUAACGAUUCAGAAGUCUCUAACGAUCAAUUUUCCGUUUAUCACGGAGGCAUUCAACAAACAGAUUGAAAAAAAGAAAGAUAAGUACAUCAUUUUCUUAUAGGCUAAUGACUAUCUCAUAAAUUUUAAUGUACACAUACUCUACCUGUAAUAAUGAAAAUAACAUGAUGUCACUGAAUGUAAAAGACAUCCAUAUUUAUCUGACCAACAAAAUGUUUUUUUAUUCCGGAUCUCUAAAGAGUAGAUUCGUACUUUGUGUCCAGCAGUAUUGUUGAAACGUUCGUACCACACUACGUUUCCAUAGUAUUACUCCAGAAAUUUGGAAACACUGGCAUGUUUCAGAAGAAUGAAAGACGCACAAGCACUGUAUUUGAUAUUUCUUAUUACAAAGUAUUUAAAAAGUAUUUACUAUUCUUGGGACAGUUUCCAAAUCAAUCGCGAUGGAGCAGCAAAUUUAAUGUAACAGUGAUGACAGGCAGUCUAUUAACAUUCUAUUUUCCAGCGUUUGCACAAAUUUUUACGUCAUUAUACGAAAAAGAUCUGGGAGGGAUGUUGGAAGGCAUGCCUGUAGUGGCUUCGGUAUCAGCUGUCUUAAUAAAAUUGCUAAAUCAUGAAAUUUACAAGAAAAAUUUUGAAAAGAUGUUCGAUGUUAUAAAGAAAGACUGGAAAUUAUUAAACGAUAAGAGUCAAACACAUAUUCUUGAGGAAAUUACUAAACAAGGAAAUAAGAUUGGUGAAAUAUAUAGAAGUAACUGUUGCAGCUUAUCUUUCGAUAAAUUUUACGAUAAAUUGAAUAUGUUGUUAUAUAUUAACAUUUUUAAUAAUUUCUAUACAAAUGACAAGUUUCUGAUAUUUUCAGCUUUUGUGUUAUCAUGUAUGUCAGGAUUUAUAGUCAUUCCGUUAUACCCUGCAUUCUUAGAUAUCAUCAAACCACUCAAUGAAACUCGCCAAAGACAUCAAAUGUUCAGACUGACAUACUUUCUAGAUGAAAAUCGGUACUUUUAUCCUAUAUAUUUUCAUUCACUUUGGUGUUCAUUCGUAACAGUGAUGAUUGCAGUCACUAUCGAUUCAUUGUAUAUACAGAUCGUUCAUCACGAUUGUGCCAUAUUUGCUAUAUGUGGGCAGAACAUUAUAACAGCAACAGGAUCUACUGGUGUUCGUAUAAAUGAAACUUACACUGAACGGUUUAGACAAUGCUUGACCAUGCAUAAGAAUGCCCUCCAAUUAUUCGAGAUGUUAGAUGACAGCAGCCGCAGGAGUUUCUUUUUCCAAAUUUUGCUAACUAUGGUCGGUAUGACCAUAACAGCCGUACAAGCAGUUAUAAAUCUGCAUCGACCCGAGGAAGCUCUUAGAAUUGGACUGUUUCUUGUGGGCCAACAAUUCCAUUUGCUUAUUAUUACUCUACCUGGACAAGUAAUCACGGAUCAUAGUUUCGAGUUGACUAAUGAUAUAUACCGCUCAAUGUGGUACGACAUGCCAAUAAAUGUUCAAAGAAUACUUCACAUGAUGCAAAUGAGAUCUAGUAAACCAUGUAAGUUGACAGCAGGAGGGAUAUACGAAAUGAACAUAGAGAAUUUUGGAAUAACAUUUAAGACAUGCAUUCAAUUUUCGAAAUAUUUAGUAUUACAGGAAACCGGAGAACAGUAUCCUAAUAUAUAUGACAUUCCUUAUUAUAACACGAUCAAGAAGUAUUUAAGAUUUUUGGGCUUAGAUCCACACCAAAAACAUGGAUUGAUCAUUGUAAUUAUAAUGAUGAUUAGUAUGACAAGCGGACUUAUUCCAAUGUCAAUCGUAUUGUAUGGAUCAUUAUACACCAAGAAUCUGGACAUGGUGCUCGAGUGUUUGCCGCAUUUAGGUGCACUUUUGACCAGUUUCGUUAAAAUAUUGAAUGUUCAUCUCAACAGAGAAAAUUUUAGAAAAUUGUUCGAAUCUAUAACGAAGGAAUGGCAGCAGCUGGAAUUAAGUCAAGAUUUGUACAUUCUGGAAGAAGUCACCAUACGAGGCAGCAAAAUGGCGAAAUUGUAUCGAAAUACUUUACUGAUAUGUAUGGUACUUUUUUUACUCGUUCCACUGCUUCCUCCUAUGUUGGAUAUCGUUCUUCCACUAAAUGAAACUCGACCACGACAACAAAUAUUUAAUGUUAAUUACGUGCUUUUUGACAGCAAUGACUAUUUUUUCUACGUGUACUUACAGUUAUCUUGGACGGCAAUAGUAGUUUCGAUAAUCAUAGUUACUGUAGAUUCUUUAUUGAUGCUUAUAGUUCACCACAAUGGUGGACUAUUUAUAGUAUGUGGGCAACAAAUCCAAAAGAAUACAAGGCACUUAAAUUCAUUCGCUAAUGAAGUUAUGUCGGAACGUUACACAUACAAACAGAUCAGAAAAUGCGUGAUCAUGCACAAUAAAGCCAUAGAGUUUUACGAUAUUUUAGAUGAAAACAAUCGAAUUAGCUAUAUGAUUCAAAUUGGACUAAAUAUGAUUGGUAUAACCACGACAGCUGUUCAAGCAGUGAUUAACUUAGAUAGACCGGAAGAAUCAAUUAGAAGCGCUGUGCUAUGCGGUGCAAAUCAGUUUCAUUUGUUUAUGCUCAGUUUACCUGGACAAAUACUUAUAGAUCAUUGCACCGAGCUAUCGAAACAACUAUACAGUUCUACAUGGUAUGGAGCACCAGUAAAAGUUCAAAGAAUGCUUUACAUGAUGCAAAUAAGAACUAGGAGGCCAUGUACCUUAACUGCGUGUGGAUUGUACCAAAUGAACAUUGAGAACUUCGGAACUACCUUCAAAACCUGCAUGUCGUAUAUUACGAUGAUAAUGUCAUUGAAAGGAUGAAGUUUACCUCCAUCUUCGUUGCAUUUUAUACUUGGACUGAGUAAGCAUCAAGAUGGUACAAUAACCGAUAUAAUACUUUGUCAUUAUA